AUGGCCUUUUAUGCGGAUACUGGCAUCUUUGGUACUAUAAGACGACCUCCAAGACAGUUGACUUCCUGCGAUAAUGACAGUGACGUGUGGGUGUUCUUUGCUGAUACUAUCAGACGACGCUUGGCACAAAACGUACUAUUGAGAUGCAGAGGGUACAGCCAACAGAAAAGUCCUUCACAGAACGGUGUUGUCUCCUUCGUCCCUCACCUGACAGCUAUCAUUCAUUGGGAGGGAGGACAGAAUUGCCCUUUGAUCGAGUGGAGAACACCGAAAGAACGAGUAGGCAAAUGUGGACGGAUGUCAAAGGAAAACGCUGGAUACGACACCUCCUCUUAGCAUAUAGGUAACAUAUGGAGACAGACAC